AUGGCUUUUGUCUAUUUUAAAGUGAUUCUCAUGAAACAAUCCUUUCAGAUGAUAAGACACUCUUCCACGCUCUUGAAGCAUGCAAACUCUUUCAAUUUAAGAACUGCAGUUGAGACGCACUCUAGAAUCAUUAAGCUGGGGUAUGGAACACACUCAUCUCUUGUAUCACUGCUGAUAUCAGUGUAUGUGUCUUGUGACCACCUCGAUCUUGCUUGUCAACUGCUUAAUGAAUUCCCAUGUUGGGAUUUUGAUCUGCUCUCUGCCAAUAUGAUCAUCGCAAGUUUUAUGAAGAUUGGCGAAAUAGAUAUUGCCCGGAGGGUGUUUCAUAAAAUGCACACUUGA